GCAUCUGCUCAGAAGCACGGACCCGACCUUCGAAUCAACGCUGAGGAUAAAGCAGAGGAGAACCAUUAUCGGCUUUGUGGCGAUCACGAUCCUUCCUCUUCUUGUCGUCAUGAUCGAAGUACGAGGGAAGAAGCGCGGCAACCCCUUUGAGGCCAAAGUGCAGACGAGCUUGAAGAUCACCCAGCGAGAACUCAGCGAGCACAAUACCACCUCAUCCCUGUGGAUUUCGAUCGGUGGCGUUGUUUGCGAUGUCACGGAGUUUCUCAUGCUUCAUCCAGGAGGCAAUGAUAUCCUUCUUCAGCACGGCGGGACUGAAGCCUAUGAAGCUUUUGAAGAAGUUGGACACUCCGACUUUGCACGCAAGAUGGUUCAGGAGAAGGCUAUUGGGCUGCUUGUGGACGGCGUGGAAGCCCCCCGUACAGGUGCUGGUGUCUCCCUAAUCGGCCGACUGUUCACAAAGGAGGAUGGCUACAAUGUGCACAAGAUGCUGGGUAUAUUCAUAUUGCUACACACCUUCUACAGAAUCUACACCGCUUGCGACAUGCAGCUGGACGGCGGCUUCACCAGUGAGAUCUUCUCACUCGGUCUCUGCUGGGUGAACAUGGUCUUGCAAGUCUCCUCCUUUCUCUUCGAGGUGCCUCGCGCUCGUCUCUUGGGAAGCCCGAUGAUUUGGCAGGAAUGGCGAGCUCACAAUCUCAUCUUUGUUCUCAGGCAUGUGCUGGCAUUCACAAUCUGCUGGGUCUAUCUCCGAUGGGUCAAUAUAGACAACACUGCUGCUACCUUCGUGGUGGACAUGUUGCUCUUCGCUGUCCUGUACGCUCAGCUGUAUUCAGUGGAUGUGGUCACGGCUUACAUUCGUGAGGACAAGCACACCAGUCUCACUGCCAGCUGGCCCUUUUGGGAUGGCUGCCCUCUAUGGCUUGAAAAUGCCAUCAAGUGGUACUACACCAUCGCACAGUUUCAGGCGAGCUCACUGCUGGUGAUGACUGGCAGCUCUCUUUUCGAAAAGUACAUGGUCAUUUUCCCCUUCCAGUUUGCGUCGUUCCUGAUGACGUUAGUCAGGAAGGGCAUCAUCACAACAAGGGGCUUCCAUGCGGGAUACCUAUGGAGCCUGUGGAUGGUGGUUUGGCUCAUUCUCGCGCCACAGGGACCUUCCCUCGCCGUUGCAAGCUGGGCUGUUUGGAUCAUGCUCUACAUUUGGCGAUCCUACGGUCUUUCCAAGUACGCACUCUGGUUCGGACCACUGCUUUCCAAAAUGCUGGCAUACUUUAAAGUCACCCCCGACAAUCCUGUCGUGGAGCUGGGCACGAUGAUGCUGACGUGGAUAGUGUGCAUGGCGAUCCAGAAGCUUGCUAUGGGCUUCGCCACGGAGGUCCGCGCUCGACGUUUUUUGGAGGCAAGGCACAAGCCGCUGAAGCUGAUGAAGAAGGAGAAGAUCAGUGAGACCUUCACUCUUUUGAAGUUCGAAGUCCCUACGGGCUACACAGCUGGCAUCAACCCGGGCCAGCAUGUGAAAGUGCACGUACCCAACCUGUCGAAGGGCCACAAAGACUGGAACAAGGCGACAAAUUUGGAGGAGCCUGUCGAGAUCCUCAGUAGGUCCUACACGCCUGUGUCGGCUACUACGUCGCCCACCCUUGACCUUAUGGUUCGUCAUUAUCCAAAGAACGCAGAGCGAGGCUUCCCAGAUGGAGGCCGUGCGAGUACAUUCAUGAUCGAGAAGUUGGCUGAGGGCAGCAAGAUCCUAAUGUCGGGUCCUCAUGGACAUCAGCUAUACUAUGGCCAGGGAAACUUCCUGGUUGGCAAGAACAUGGUCCAUGCGCGAGCCUGCGGGGCUUUGGCCGGGGGUUCAGGAAUUACGCCCGUCCUGGCGACGCUACAAGACAUUUGGCAAGAGGGGCGUCGUGAUGUUCGGGAUCGGGACCAGCGGAUCUUGGGGGAGCAGGCCAUCAAGAUGAAGGAGUUUGCAAUCAUGCACGUGACGCGAUCUGCUUCGGAAGCUCUUUCGUCAGAGUGGUACUCACCUCCGAAGAGCGAAGAGCAGACGCCUCUUCGUCUGUCGCACGUGGUCACAGGCGGCGCAGACGCAAAGGCAGAAAUGCCAGGAGCUACUUGCUAUAAAGGGCGAGUGACUGAAGAGAUGGUACGCGCUGCGAUGCCUGCACCUGGAAGCGACGUCGUGAUCUUCGUCUGCGGUCCGCAAGGCUUUUCCGAGUCGUGCUGCCGCCCGAUUCUCAAGAAGCUGGGAUACGAGCAUAUAGCCGCUUGGCAUUUGGAUUUACGUGCAGUGCCAUGCUUUGGUCCGCAUUCGGUCUUGACCGUGGGUAGAGCCGAAGCCGUCCUGGGAGACACCUGGUGGCUGACCUGUUGA